AUCCAAAGCAAGAGUUGUUCUUUUCGCCUCUUCCUAUCAGCGUUUGUGAGAAAACUGAGAAGAUGGUGAAUGUUCUGAAGGGUGUGCUGGUUGAAUGCGACCCAGCAAUGAAGCAGUUUCUGCUCUACUUGGAUGAGUCAAAUGCAUUGGGAAAGAAGUUCAUCAUACAGGACCUGGAUGAAACUCAUGUCUUUGUAUUAGCUGAAUUGGUUAACUUCCUCCAGGAGAGAGUGGGCGAGUUAAUGGACCAGAACUCUUUUCCUAUUACUCAGAAGUAGAAAGACUAGAGAAAUGAGAUUACUGCAAGUUUUCAAAUAGCGGAUUUCAAUGGCUUGGAUUGUUACUGUUUUAAUAAAUGCACUGUGCUUACUAAGUUCCACAUGGGAACUCGGGAAAAUAGAUCAUUUUCAUAGACAUACUCUUGAAUUGUAUUUUAUUUCUCAUUUUGAAAAAACCAUAGCAUCUUUAUUAAAAUCCUUAAA